GGUAUUUGUUUCAGCAGGUGUAGAAUGGAAUUUUCCUCCAUUUAGUAAUCUUUCUACCAGUACAUUGCUCUUAUCAGUAUAUGUGCACUAACUAUGUGACACAACUGAGCAAUAUGUCCAGUAACCACUAUAUGUGCAAUAACUAUGUGAUACAAUUAGGAAUUUCUGUAAUAACUAGUUAUAUGUGCAAUAGCCAGAAUAGUGUAAGAAUACAGAAUGAGGAAUAAACUAAGAAUCUUGUGGGUGUAAUUCUGUGUAAUAACUAAUACAUGUGCAAUCAGGGUGAAUUGGAGGUGAAGUUGAGGUGAAGUAUAUGUACCCACCAGCCUGUGUUAGUGCAGUCUUAACACCAGCAGAGGAAACUCAUUCUACCAGUGUUGACAGUUUAUAUCACUUGAAGUUUCAACUUCAACGUUGACGCAUCUAGCAUCAUGAUGUUCCUGACGCUCACACUGCUCACCUUACUUAUUGUAGCUCCUGACCUGCAUGUGUCUGGAGAGAAUUUGCCCUGCUCUGGUGAUGCCAGCAUGUGUCCAAUAAUUGUUACCUGUGAACAUGGUACUGCUGUGCUGAAUUGUGGUGCUCGCCGUAUAAAGAUCAUCAGUGCUUUCUAUGGCCGAAUUGAUUCGCGAACGUGUGCCGCAGGACAACCCCACAGAUCUAUCUGCAACACACGUUGCUCCUCACCUCAUGCAACAGCUAAAGUUAGAGCGAGAUGUAAUGGAAGGUGCUCCUGUCAGGUGCCUGCUAACAAUCAUUUCUUCUCUGACCCCUGCUAUGGCACCUAUAAGUACACGAAAAUUGCGUACUUCUGUGUCUAACUAAUAACUUGAGGGAUUCCAGCUUUCCGCAAUGGCCUCUCUUCAGUCUGAAAAGGAAUGAGACCAAGUUUUACAUAUGGCAAACAUGCAGAUGUUAGAGUGCACAUGUUUUGGUGUUGCUUUGGUGUUGGUGUACUUUAUAUUUGCAUGAUAUAUAAUUACCUGCUUAUACCAUAAUGAUUUUUCUCCUGAAACUUGUUUAUUUGCUUUACAUGUAAUCACUUCCUCCUAAACAAAUUAACUUUAUUAAUGAUUCUGCAAUAAACUAUCCUCUAAAUGCAAGCAUAACAGGGA